CGCCUCUUCCUCCUCCUUCUCCAAGCUGGAGUGAGUAGGGCGGGGAAAAAACUCCGCAACUUAACUGUCUCCAGCCCAGAGCCCCGAGUGUCCGCACACUGUGGCGACAGGGACGACAGAGUGGGCCUGCAGGAGGCUGGGGUGGCGAGUUCCCGGGAGGCGUGGAUCACCGAGCGGGCUGCGGUCCCGCCUCCAGCGCCGCGGCCCCGCGCUCGAGCUUUGGCGUUGGCUCCCCGCGACCAUCACCCUGGGCGCCCGGCGAGUCCAGUGGUUAGCGAUGCUGUUGCUGAGGUCGCUAUCUCUGCUGCUUCUGCUGGGGGCGCCACGGAGCUUCGCCGAGGGCGCGGUGACCGCGCUUACCCGCGAGUCGGUCCCGUGGCAGGAUAAAAAAGUAUUCGUUAUCCAAAGUGAAAACCUCAAGAAAUGCAUUCAAGGAGGCAAAUCUGUACUAACCCUGGAGAAUUGCAAACCACUAAGCGAGCACAUGCUGUGGAAAUGGGUUUCAAACCACCGCCUCUUUAACUUAGGGGGCAGUGGCUGCCUAGGCCUGAAUUUAUCUAAUCCAGAGCAGCCAUUGAGCUUAUACGAGUGUGAUUCCACUCACGUUUCCUUGAGAUGGCGCUGUAACAGGAACGUGAUCACCGGCCCUCUCCAGUACACGGUGCAGGUGAACCACAACAACAUGCUUGUGGCCUCAAGGAAAUAUCUUCACAAGUGGAUUUCCUAUAUGUCAGAUGGUGGAAGCAUUUGUGAAUAUCUGCACAAAGAUUUGUACACAAUCAAAGGGAAUGCCCACGGGACACCAUGCAUGUUUCCCUUCCAGUAUAACCAACAAUGGCAUCAUGAAUGCACCCGGGAAGGGCGGGAAGACAACUUACUGUGGUGUGCUACAACCAGUCGAUAUGAACGGGAUGAGAAGUGGGGAUUUUGCCCAGAUUCCACAUCCGCAGAGGUGGGUUGUGAUGCCGUCUGGGAGAAGGAGUUCAAUUCACACAUUUGCUACCAAUUCAACCUGCUUUCCUCUCUUUCCUGGAGUGAGGCACAUUCUUCAUGCCAGAUGCAAGGAGGAGCUUUACUAAGUAUUGCAGAUGAGAAUGAAGAAAAUUUCAUAAAGAAGCACUUGGGCAGUGAAGCCGUGGAAAUGUGGAUAGGUCUGAAUCAGCUGGAUGAAAACGCUGGCUGGCAGUGGUCUGAUAGAACACCACUCAACUACCUGAACUGGAACCCAGAAAUAAAUUUUGAGCCAUUUGUUGAACAUCAAUGUGGAACAUUUAAUUCAUUUAUGCCAAAUGCCUGGAGGAGUCGGGAUUGUGACUCCACCUUGCCUUAUAUAUGUAAAAAAUAUCUAAACCACACUGAUCAAGAAGGGAUUGAAAAAAAUGCCUGGAAAUAUUAUGCUACACACUGUGAGCCUGGCUGGAAUCCCCACAGUCAUAACUGCUAUAAACUUCAGAAAGAAAAAAAGACCUGGAAGGAAGCUUUGCAUUCUUGCCACUCUGAUAACAGCACAUUGAUAAACAUUGCUUCAUUAGCAGAUGUGGAGUUUUUUGUAACCCUCCUUGGAGAUGAAAAUGCAUCAGAAACAUGGAUUGGUUUGAGCAGCAAUAAAAUUCCAGUUUCCUUUGAAUGGUCUAAUGGCAUCUCAGUCACCUUUACUAAUUGGCACACACUUGAACCCCAAAUUUUUCCAAAUAGAAGCCAGCAAUGUGUCUCAGCAGAGCAAUCUGAGGGACACUGGAAAGUUAAAAAUUGUGACGAAACACUUUCUUACAUUUGUAAGAAAGCAGGCCAUGUCCCUUCUGACACCGAAUCAGGCUGUCGAGAGGGAUGGGAGAGACAUGGUGGAUUCUGUUACAAAAUUGACACUGUCCUUCGAAGUUUUGACCAUGCCUCCAGUGGUUAUUACUGUCCUCCUGCCCUUGUAACCAUUACAAACAGGUUUGAACAGGCUUUUAUUACCAGUUUGAUCAGUAGUGUGGUAAAAACGAAGGAGAGUUAUUUUUGGAUCGCUCUUCAAGAUCAAAAUGAUACAGGAGAAUACACUUGGAGGACAGCAGCAGGACAGAAGUCUGAGCCUGUGCAAUACACACACUGGAAUGCACAUCAGCCUCGCUAUAGUGGUGGCUGUGUUGUCAUGCGAGGAAAGAGUCCACCUGGUCGCUGGGAAGUGAAGGACUGUAGACACUUUAAGGCAAUGUCCCUGUGUAAGCAGCCAGUGGGAAAACGGGAGAAAAUGGAGCAGGAAGAAAGAUGGCCAUUUCACCCCUGCUACUUGGACUGGGAAUCAGAGCCUGGCUUGGCCAGCUGCUUCAAGGUAUUUCAUAGUGAAAAAGUCCUGAUGAAAAGAACAUGGAGAGAAGCAGAAGCAUUUUGUGAAGAAUUUGGUGCUCACCUUGCAAGCUUUGCCCAUAUUGAGGAAGAGAAUUUUGUGAAUGAGCUUUUACAUUCAAAAUUUAAUAGGACAGAAGAAAGGCAGUUUUGGAUUGGAUUUAAUAAAAGAAACCCACUGAAUGCUGGCUCGUGGGAGUGGGCUGAUGGGACUCCUGUUGUCUCUUCAUUUUUAGACAAUACUUAUUUUGGAGAAGAUGCAAGAAAUUGUGCUGUUUAUAAGGCAAAUAAAACAUUGCUGCCCUUGCACUGCAGUUCCAAACGUGAAUGGAUAUGCAAAAUUCCAAGAGAUGUGAGACCCAAGAUUCCACCCUGGUAUCAGCAUGAUGCACCCUGGCUCUUUUAUCAGGAUGCGGAGUAUCUUUUUCAUACCUAUGCUGCAGAAUGGCCCUCCUUUGAGUUUGUCUGUGGCUGGCUGCGUGGUGAUCUUCUCACAAUUCAUUCUGCACAUGAGCAAGAAUUUAUCCACAGCAAAAUUAAAGCGCUAUCAAAGUUUGGUGUAAAUUGGUGGAUUGGACUUGGAGAAGAAAAAGCCAAUGAUGAAUUUCGCUGGAGAGAUGGAGCGCCAGUAAUCUACCAGAACUGGGACAAAGGAGGACAAGGAUCUAUGAAUAAUCAGAGCCAGAGAUGUGGCUUCAUUUCAUCCAUAACAGGACUAUGGGCUACUGAAGAGUGUUCCGUUUCUAUGCCUGGCAUCUGUAAGCGAAAGAAGGUUUGGAUCAUAGAGAAAGAGGAAAAUACCCCAAAACAACAUGGAACAUGUCCCAGAGGAUGGCUAUAUUUUAACUAUAAGUGCCUUUUGGUGAAAAUCCCCAAAGACCCAAGUGAUUGGAAGAACUGGACAUCUGCUCAAGAUUUCUGUGUUGAAGCAGGGGGAACACUAGUCGCCAUCGAAAAUGAGGUGGAGCAAGCUUUCAUUACUAUGAAUCUUUUUGGCCAGACCACUAAUGUGUGGAUAGGGUUACAAAAUGAUAAUUAUGAAAAAUGGGUAAAUGGAAAGCCUGUGGUAUACUCUAACUGGUCUCCAUUUGAUGUAAUAAAUAUUCCAAGUCAUAACACCACUGAAGUUCAAAAACAUAUUCCUCUCUGUGCCUUGCUAUCAAGUAAUCCUAAUUUUCAUUUCACUGGAAAAUGGUAUUUUGAAGACUGUGGAAAAGAAGGUCAUGGGUUUGUUUGUGAAAAAAUGCAGGAUACCUCUGGGUACAGUGUAAAUACAUCUGAUAUGUAUCCAGUCCCCAAUAUCUUGGAAUAUGGGAACAGAACUUAUAGAAUAAUUAAUGCAAAUAUAACUUGGUAUACAGCAAUAAAAGCCUGCCUAAUGCAUGGAGCAGAAUUGGCCAGCAUUACAGAUCAGUAUCACCAGUCCUUCCUCACUGUUAUCCUCAACAGGAUAGGACAUGCCCAUUGGAUUGGACUAUUCACUGCAGAUAAUGGUCUUAAUUUUGCCUGGUCUGAUGGAUCCAAAUCUUCCUUCACUUUUUGGAAAGAUGAUGAGUCAUCCAUCUUGGGUGACUGUGUUUUUGCUGACACCAGUGGGCGCUGGAGUAGCACAGCCUGUGAGUCAUUUCUUCAAGGAGCAAUUUGUCAUGUACCUACUGAAACAAAACCAUUUGGACACCCAGAGUUGUGCUCAGAAACAUCUAUUCCCUGGAUAAAAUUUAAAAGUAAUUGCUACAGUUUUUCUACAGUCCUAAACAGUAUGAGUUUUGAGGCUGCUCAUGAAUUUUGCAAAAAGGAAGGGUCUAAUCUUUUAACAAUCAAGGAUGAGGAUGAAAACUCAUUUCUCCUAGAAGAGCUUUUUGCUUUUGGUUCUUCUGUCCAGAUGGUUUGGUUGAAUGCUCAGUUUGAUGGUGACAAUGAAACCAUAAAGUGGUUUGAUGGAACUCCCACAGAUCAGUCAAACUGGGGCAUUCGGAAACCAGAGAUGGAUCAUGUCAAACCCCAUCUGUGCAUUGCUCUGAGGAUCGCUGAAGGAGUAUGGCAGUUAUCCCCAUGUCAAGAAAAAAAAGGAUUUAUAUGCAAAAUGGAAGCAGGUAUUCAUGUAGUAAAGGAGCAUUCAGGAAAAGGACCAAGUCACAGUAUCGUACCUCUUGCAGUAGCACUCACACUGAUAGUGAUUCUGGCACUUUCCACACUUUCCUUCUGCAUAUACAAGCACAAGAGAGGUGUCUUCAGGAGACUUGCACAGUUUGGGAAUCCUUACUACCCUACAACCAACUUCAGCACAGUACAUUUGGAAGAAAAUAUUCUUAUUUGUGAUCUUGAGAAGACUGACCCAUAACAAUGAAUUCAGAGAAUGCCACAGCCCUAACGAUAAGUAAAGACAGGAGGAGUCUCCCCCGCAUUUUCCUUUACAGACCAGAGGCCACUAUAAUUUGAACUGUGUCACUAUUUUAAUUAUUCUUAAACAAAUCAGAUGGGUGUUGAUUUAUUCAUUUCCCCAAACUGUGAUCUAUUCUUAAAAUGGGGAAAUUAUACAAUGGUUACUAGUCGGAAAACAGGAACUAUCAAAAGUAACUCCCUAUUGAAGACUCUCAAACCAAUGUGAAUGAUAAAUUUUGUAUUACUAUAUUUCUACUGAAAUUUUAAAAGAAUUUUCAAACUAAUCUGAUCUAUUCAGACAUUUACUCACACUCAUUCCAUUAAAAAAGAGAGGAAAUGAAACAAAUUAUAAAACUCUAUGCUUGUAUAUAAGAUGAAAAGUUGAAGUCUUCUGAGAGGUUUCUUGUUUGUUUUUUAAUUCAGUCAU